GCCAAGCUACAACUACGCGCCCAACCCGGACAAACACUGGAUCAUGCGCUACACAGGGCCCAUGAAGCCCAUCCACAUGGAAUUCACCAACAUACUCCAGCGGAAGCGCUUGCAGACCCUCAUGUCGGUGGACGACUCCAUGGAGACGAUUUACAACAUGCUGGUUGAGACGGGCGAGCUGGACAACACGUACAUCGUGUACACCGCCGACCACGGCUACCACAUCGGCCAGUUUGGCCUGGUCAAAGGGAAAUCCAUGCCGUACGAGUUUGACAUCAGGGUCCCGUUCUAUGUGAGGGGCCCCAACGUGGAAGCUGGCUCUCUGAAUCCCCACAUCGUCCUCAACAUUGACCUGGCCCCCACCAUCCUGGACAUCGCAGGCCUGGACAUACCCGCGGAUAUGGACGGGAAAUCCAUCCUCAAGCUGCUGGACACGGAGCGGCCGGUGAAUCGGUUUCACUUGAAAAAGAAGAUGAGGGUCUGGCGGGACUCUUUCCUGGUGGAGAGAGGCAAACUGCUACACAAGAGAGACAAUGACAAGGUGGACGCCCAGGAGGAGAACUUUCUGCCCAAGUACCAGCGUGUGAAGGACCUGUGUCAGCGUGCUGAGUACCAGACGGCGUGUGAGCAGCUGGGACAGAAGUGGCAGUGUGUGGAGGACGCUACGGGGAAGCUGAAGCUGCAUAAGUGCAAGGGCCCCCUGCAGCUGGGUAGCAGCAGAGCCCUCUCCAACCUCGUGCCCAAGUACUACGGGCAGGGCAGCGAGGCCUGCACCUGUGACAGCGGGGACUACAAGCUCAGCCUGGCCGGACGCCGGAAAAAGCUCUUCAAGAAGAAGUACAAGGCCAGCUACGCCCGCAAUCGCUCCAUCCGCUCAGUGGCCAUCGAGGUGGACGGCAGGGUGUACCACGUAGGCCUGGGUGAUGCCGCCCAGCCCCGAAACCUCACCAAGCGGCACUGGCCAGGGGCCCCUGAGGACCAAGAUGACAAGGAUGGUGGGGACUUCAGUGGCACUGGAGGCCUUCCCGACUACUCAGCCGCCAACCCCAUUAAAGUGACACAUCGGUGCUACAUCCUAGAGAAUGAUACAGUCCAGUGUGACCUGGACCUGUACAAGUCCCUGCAGGCCUGGAAGGACCACAAGCUGCACAUCGACCAUGAGAUUGAAACCCUGCAGAACAAAAUUAAGAACCUGAGGGAAGUCCGAGGUCACCUGAAGAAAAAGCGGCCAGAAGAAUGUGACUGUCACAAAAUCAGCUACCACACCCAGCACAAAGGCCGCCUCAAGCACAAAGGCUCCAGUCUGCAUCCUUUCAGGAAGGGUCUGCAAGAGAAGGACAAGGUGUGGCUGUUGCGGGAGCAGAAGCGCAAGAAGAAACUCCGCAAGCUGCUCAAGCGCCUGCAGAACAACGACACGUGCAGCAUGCCAGGCCUCACGUGCUUCACCCACGACAACCAGCACUGGCAGACGGCGCCUUUCUGGACACUGGGGCCUUUCUGUGCCUGCACCAGCGCCAACAAUAACACGUACUGGUGCAUGAGGACCAUCAACGAGACUCACAAUUUCCUCUUCUGUGAAUUUGCAACUGGCUUCCUAGAGUACUUUGAUCUCAACACAGACCCCUACCAGCUGAUGAACGCAGUGAACACACUGGACAGGGAUGUCCUCAACCAGCUACAUGUACAGCUCAUGGAGCUGAGGAGCUGCAAGGGUUACAAGCAGUGUAACCCCCGGACUCGAAACAUGGACCUGGGACUUAAAGAUGGAGGAAGCUAUGAGCAAUACAGGCAGUUUCAGCGUCGAAAGUGGCCAGAAAUGAAGAGACCUUCUUCCAAAUCACUGGGACAACUGUGGGAAGGCUGGGAAGGUUAAGAAACAACAGAGGUGGACCUUCAAAAACACAGAGGCAUCAACUGACUGCGCAGGCAACGAAAAACCACGUGGGUGAUUUCCAGCAGACCUAUGCUAUUGGCCAGGAGGCCUGAGAAAGCAAGCACUCACUCUCAGUCAACAUGGCAGAUUCUGGAGGAUAACCAGCAGGAGCAGAGAGAACUUCAAGAAGUCCAUUUUUGCCCCUGCUUUUGCUUUGGAUUAUACCUCACCAGCUGCACAAAAUGCAUUUUUUUCGUAUCAGAAAGUCACCACUAACCCUCCCCAGAAGCUCACAAAGGAAAACGAAGAGAGCGAUCGAGAUUUCCUUGGAAAUUUCCCCCAAGGGCGAAAGUCAUUGGAAUUUUUAAAUCAUAGGGGAAAAGCAGUCCUGUUCUAAAUCCUCUUAUUCUUUUGGUUUGUCACAAAGAAGGAACUAAGAAGACAGAGGCAACGUGGAGAGGCUGAAAACAGUGCAGAGAGUUCGACAAUGAGUCAGCAGCACAAAAGAGAUGACAUUUACCUGGCACUCUAAACCCUGGUUGCCUCUGAAGAAACUGCCUUCACUGUAUAUAUGUGACUAUUUACAUGUAAGCAACAUGGGAACUUUUAGGGGAACCUAAUAAGAAAUCCCAAUUUUCAGGAGUGGUGGUGUCAAUAAACGCUCUGUGGCCAGUGUAAAAGAAAAUCCCUCACAGUUGUGGACAUUUCUGUUCCUGUCCAGAUACCGUUUCUCCUAGUAUUUCUUUGUUAUGUCCCAGAACUGAUGUUUUUUUUUUUUUUUAAGGUACUGAAAAGAAGUUGAUGUAUGUCCCAAGUUUUGAUGAAACUGUAUUUGUAAAAAAAAUUUUGUAGUAUAAGUAUUGUCAUACAGUGUUCAAAACCCCAGCCAAUGACCAGCAGUUGGUAUGAAGAAACCUUUGACAUUUUGUAAAAGGCCAUUUCUUGGGA